AUGAUAACCGGUCUUGAGCUUAUAUUGGCUGUCUUGCCGCUCCUCAUCUCAACCACCGAGCACCACAAGAAGGGUCUCAGGCAUGCAAAAGCAUUGACUUCGACCAAGGUCAAAAACGAACAGCAGGUGAUAUUUUAUUAUGAACUGUACGACGAGCUCUCCUUACUCGAAAAUACUUUGGACGGUGUACUCCGAGGUCUGCCUUCGCGUUCAGACGCUGAGAAGCUCUCGCCUCUUACCGAGAAUGAGCAAGAUGAAGUUGAAAAAGUUCUGGGAGCCAGCGCAAAACCAUUCAGUGAUAUUCUGAAUCGGCUACUGAGAAGCCUGGAUGAUCUGGUCAGCGAAAAAUCUUACGGCCUUGCGUCGGUGGUGAGUCUUCGAAUUCGCCUUGUCCACCCGAAUUCAAGCUUAGAAUAUCUUGCCAAGGAAUCAACGGGCAAGAUGUUCGACAGACUGGAGCGUUUCAAACAAUCCAUAGACAGCGGAGUGGCUACGACUACCCUUCGAGAGCGAUUUCGAUUCACUCGAAAUGAGAGGAGCCGCCUUGUCGCAAUGGGAAAAAUACGGGAGUACAACCAGAAACUGGAGCGCCUACUUCACGGCUCACUCCUGCCCCGUGGAGGUGAAUCGCGUCCAACCCGGAAGAGACCUCGACCACAAAGACUCAGGCGAAUGUCCGAACCUCUAUACAGGAAGAUUGUCGACAAAUUGUCAACCGCAUGCGAGUCUCAUAAGCAACACGAGGCAAGACUCUGCCUUUGGAGCUGUUGCUCUCCACAAGGUAACCCAGAAUCGAUCGAAAGCCUUGACAUGGUGGUGUCUGUGACAGAUGUGGAAGGGGAUGGGUCCCAUUGGCAAGAAAGCACUAUCAUGAUCACCUCUGGAGACUCUCGAAAUCUACCUCAAGCUACUACCGUUCGAUUUGUCCUGAGCGGCUCUGGUGAAGAAAAGCGUUCUCUCAAUCCUCCAUCCUCGAACUGUGACCGACGAGACAUAGAGUCGGACUCACUAUGUGCCCUGAUUCAAGAAGCUCAUGUCCAAAAAGCAGCGCUGCAAAUUAUGUUUGAUGGGAGCAGGCUCUGGCAAGUUCGGUCGAGGAGAAACAGUAUGAAUAUUGAGAAGCAAAAGGAUAUCACAUUAAACGAUGUCCUGGGUGCUGAAAAUUGCCGUAUUCCACUUCGAGAAAAGUGGAUCCUAGCAGUUGUUCUUGCGCAUGCUGCUCUCCAUGGGUCGGACAGCCCUUGGCUGUGCGAGGAUUUGAGUAAAGAACACAUAUCAUUCUUCAAAAAAAGCUCAUCCAGGGCGCCAGACCUUACGAAACCGCUUUUGAAAAUCCACUGGCACCAGGACUUCGUCAACCAGAAUAACGCCAGAAACUUCUUCAACGUGCAUUCAAGCUCGUGUCUUCUUUCUCUUGGGAUCCUCCUGCUCGAAAUAUAUUUGACUGAAGCUAUUGAAAAUCAAUAUCAAGACGAGGACUUGAAUGAUGGUGAGCCAAAUGAGAACACAAACCUUACGACGGCGUUACGACUGCUGGAAGGUACAGAAGGCGAGCUUUAUGAGGGAUAUAGAGCAGCUAUCAGAGCCUGUCUCGAACCAGAUCUGUACACUCCUGACGAUACUGGAGAUUUCCGAAAGAAGGUAUACGAAAGAAUCGUACUGCCCCUGGAACGAGAGUUAAUGCAUGGGUUUCAUCUCACGCCCGAAGAUCUGAGUUUCGCGCCUCGCGAAGAUGUUGCGACAAUCAAUCUGUGA